AUGAGAAGUCCACCGCUCCAGUCGCUUAUUAUAGCGUUGGUUUUCUUCUGCAGCCACGUAGUUGCCAACACUGAAUCAAUCAUGUUUCAAGUUCCUGAUGGGUUUUCUGAAGAUAAAGAAGCUUGGAGGAAGAGUGGACUGCCUAUCCUGUCUUUGACAGGGUCAAACAGAGCAAUAGACAAAUUUGACGUUCCAGUCGAUUCCCGGUACGAGGUAGAAAUACAAGGAAUUCACGCCGGUGAUACUUACCAAGCAAAAAUUUGCUGGACUGCUGCGAACCCAAUCAAUAUCCAUACAAUGGGCUACAUGGUCCAAAAGAGUUCCGUUUCAUCAAGAGAAAAAGACUUGAGACUGAUAGUUCAUUUUGAAGUAUCUGCUAACUCAUAUCCUGCUUUAAAGUAUUCUACAGUUCCAAUUAAUGUAUCAGUUGCAGCUGUUAGAAUGGGAAUACCGGUUGAUUUAUAUGCUACGAUACUCUACAUUGCUUUAUUAAUGGUCGCUGUCUAUUUUGUCAACAGUCGUUAUGACCUAUACACUCGACUUAAGACGUGUUAA